GAUUGGCAUAGUUUGUGUUGAACAGCAGCUGCGGACGAGUGAAGUGAAUUUUUAAAUUGGAAAUAUUUGUGAAAAUUCACCAUUUUUAUUAACAACUCUCAAAUCACAACUAAAAAAAAUAGCAAUACUCAGCACAAGAAUCUCCCACCAGCAUAAAAAUUCAUCUCAAAUAAAAAAGAAAAAAACAAAAAGCAUUUCUGGAUGAGAGGCACGUCACGGGAUUUAGUAGUGUUCACAAAUUCUUUACACGCUCAGUUUUAUCCUGGAGCGAGUGGAGCCGAGCUUUGACGAGAACGAGGUCAGUGGAGUGAUACACAUACCGUUACACUGAUACGCAGCCACAAACGCAAGCUUAUUCGCACACUGCCAUAGCGAUGCGAAAACGAAGGUAAAUAAUGAGUGCGACUGAGAGUGUGAGUACUGUGCGAAUUUGAGUUGUGCUCAUGUCGAGAUAUGUUGGAGAGUUUCUACACUGCGAUACUGGAUGGAUACGACUUGGUAUGACUCUUGAUACUCAGACAACAACUGAGUUGAUAUAGAACCGGGUACGCGUACGGAUGUUUACUCGCAACGACUUGACAAGCGUUGCAGCUUGAAUACAUAGAGCAAUAGAAGAAUAAAUAAAUAAUAACUAUAAUCACAAUAAUAAACGUAAUAAAAAAAUAAAUAAAAAAAUUGCUAUGUGCGAUGCAUAAGUGUUUGUGUACGAGGGUACAUAAAGUGUGUGUGCGAGAAGAAAACUCAUUUUACGAUAGUUGAAUGAGAAACGCAAAGGGAUGCUAGCAAAUAACGCAUAUAAAAUAUAUAUGAAAACAUAAAAAGUGUCGCACGAAGAGGGCAUAAAUUUUGAAAAGUGAAAAAGUGUAAAAGCACGCAAGAAAAGUAUAAAAAAGGGACCUUAAACUACGUAAAUUACCAAAUAGCAAAUAACGAACGCCUGCGAAAGAGGUCAAGUCGGCGAAAAACUGUGAAAUACAUUUAAUUUAGGUGAAGUGUAUAAUUAUUUUGUAUACUCCAGAAAGCAGAAAGGCAGAAGGCAUAAAGUGCGUUAGGGACUCACAUAAAAGUCUGUAUGUAGAUAAUAGUGAGGGGAGAGAAAAGAGUCGGAGUUGCGAAAGGAGUGCAAUAAAAAAUUUUGUACACGCAGAAUUUCGGCGGAAUAAGUCAGGUGCCUUUGCGGUUUAAACAAAACUGCACACACACGCACACACACAUGCAUAUACGUAUAUAGAGAUAUAGAGCGUGUACUGAAUACAACGAGUGGAGUGAAGAGACGCCAGCGAGUAAGGAGAGGCAACACAAAUUAAGCAAAACAGCUAUAAAGGAAGUGGCGGCAGCAGCAGCAACAACUGAACAGCAACAGCCGCAGUAGAGUUGCUCCUUAAUUAAGGCUGGUAAUCUUAGUCGCUUACACUCCCUAAAACAUACAUUUGCACUUAAUACACGCGCACACACACACACGCAUGCACGCACGCACGUACAUGUGCAUUUAAAGGAACCAAAGUGAAUGGGCUUUUAGGCGCAGUGACAGGCAGGCAAGAGCAAGCGCUGUGAAAAGCAACAAAGAAGUAGCAGAAAUUCCAGAAUACUCGUUGAAAUACGUUUCCGUUGACGUUUGGCGCAUCAACUGGGUUGGAGGCGGCUGCUUAUUGGCUCAUUUUAAAGCAUCCACAAGCAGCUGAAUCAGCCGCGCAAAGUAGGCAUUAACUUGGCGAGACAGCAAACCUUGCGGCUGCUCUGCCUACGUGAUACCAAUACAGACGCACACACAUACACACAUACACAGAUGCGCAGCAAUAUAAAAUUUGUAUAAACUGAAGGAUUCCCGUGCAUGUGCAUGUGUAUGUGUGGUAGUGGCUUUAGAGAAGUCUGUAGUAGACGGUGUUGCGUUAAACCAUUGACUGCAUUGCAGCAGAAUUUCACAAAUACCCCCACACACACACGUGAAAUACAGAUCAAAUUUUGACGUGUCUUUAGUGGCAUAUGUGGCAUAACACAACAAAAAUCUGUGUUUUGGGUUUGUGUGUGUGCGCGCGCGGUAAACAAAGAAACCAACCGUGCCAGUGCCAAAAUCGUUGACGCCACUUUGAACUUCGAUCCGUGGGCAGAGCUCACGAGGUGCCGUUGAGCGUCGUUCAACGCCAGUUGCCAAUUAGUCGCCUACCGGUGCAAGCGCAUACGUAAAAGCGGUGACACAGUGAAGCUUCCGCUGAAAUAAUUUAGCUUAGCUGAUAUUGCAUUUCAUGGCGACUCGAAGAUAAUAUUCCAAAAUACGACGCAUACAAAUAUUUGAACUUAGCAACAACACGAAUACGCAGAGUUGAUUGUUGCACGCCAAGCAUUGUGAAAAUAAAAAUCGACUUCAGACCAAAAAAAAAAACAAACAAACGUAGCAUAUAAUAUCUACAUAUAUACGUCGAGCUAAACCACAUAUACACACGCUUUACACCGCCCUUCUUCAAAUACGCCCACCAUCUACUCUACACACUCGAAAUAACGCGGCGUUCGGUGGCUGACCUACGUGCGCGUGCACCCAAACAACCACUGCAUAAGCACACAAACUGCAAUUACAAAAAAAAUAAACCAUAACAACAAAAACAAAAACAACAAAGCAACAGCCGCAAUCGACCGCAUCCAACGAUUCGUACAGCAGCGACUGACAUCAUCCGCCGCAUCGUACUCAUCGUCCUUAACGUCGUCUCAAGAUGACCACAGAUUUGUUGUUUCCGAAAAUUUCGGAUUGCUCAUACGUCUCGUGUUACUGCGAGGAGAAUGUGUGGAAAUUAUCCGAGCAAGUGAAGAAAACACGCAUCGAUGAACUUUCAAAGUGUUACGCGGUGUUCGUGUCGAAUGAGGGACGUACUGUGCCGUUGUGGCGCCAAAAAGCAGGACGUGGCGAUGAUCAGGUCGUGAUAUGGGAUUACCACGUCUUCUUCAUGCACAAUCCAUCGCCUAAUCGCUGCUUGGUGUUUGACUUGGAUACGACGCUACCUUUUCCCACGUACUUUCACAAGUAUGUUACGGAAACAUUUCGCUCGGAUCUGGCGCUGAGGCCAGAACACCAUAGAUACUUCAGAGUUAUACCCGCAGAAACAUAUCUAAGUGAAUUCUCGUCGGACCGCCGACACAUGCGAAGGCCAGAUGGCAGUUGGAUAAAGCCACCACCCUCAUACCCGCCCAUACAAUCAAGCAGCAAUGCGCAUAGCUUGGGCGAUUUUAUCUGCAUGAAUGCGAGCAAAGGCCCCGGUACCGUUUACAGCCUCUCAGAAUUUGUGCAAACCUUCUACAAGGCGCCGAAUGUGGUGGCGCAACAGAAUAACAAAUAAUACCAACAGUGCUGAGCAACUAUCAAUUGAAGUGCCGGUCAAGUGUAACGAGCAGACAGCGAAUGGCGCCACAACGCCACAUGUGGACCGGCGAAGUGAUAAACGAAAGUGUUGCAACAGCACCAGCUGUAAACGUUUACGUACAUUUAGAUAAUGGAAGUUUGAGUGUGUGGGAGAAUGCGGGAGUAUGAACUAAGAUUGCGCUAGCAGGACCGAGUUGGCGUGGCACAUAGCAACAAUAGCAAUAAGAACAACAACAGCAAGAACAAACUAAGGGAAAAGUAAGCAGCACAGCAUUAAUAAAAGCAGCAUGGCGGCUAGUUUUAAAAGGGCUCAGCAGCUGAACAUCAUCGUAACGACAUUAACGUCGUCAGCAACAAUUACCUUCAACGCCACACUCAAAUCGCUCGCUUGCAUUUGGUAUUUGGUCAUCGCAUAGCGUUCAAGGGACGAGCCACGAGCCACCCAGGCUGUCGGGCACAUCUGUGCGCUGAUGCAAAUGUCACUUAAUUUGCAUAUAACACAAAAUCACCCUAAGCCUGAGCCAAGCAUAGCUGUAAAACUUUUAUUACUGCAUCACCGUUCGCCUCACCUCACCUCACCUCGCUCAGAUUGCAAGCAACGAUUUGGCUUUACGAUUCAUUCUGAUUCGAAUGAUGCUCUCGAUAUUCACACCAGCUGAGCUGAGCUGCCUGCCUGUCUACCACUCACAAACGCAAAUGCUUUGCUGACAUUCUCGCAUAAAUACUUUCCAAGUAUGCGCUAGGGCGAAUAACAUUGCCCAUAUUCAUGCAUACCUAGCAUUGUUUUUGUAGUUGUUCGUUGGUAAUAUUUUUAACCUUCAUUUAUAGUAUUGGUUGGUGCUGGCACAUGAAGUAUAAUUUGAUGGAUUCAUUGGUUUUAAUGGCUUCGGUUGAUGGCAUUUUGCUUGAUUGAAUGCCAAUGGCAUAGUUGUUAGUGGGCAGCGCAUGAAUGCUGGCUGCACUCGUGGAUGCAGCAGUGCCAGCAAACAAAGCGCUGUACGUCGUCUCACAGAAUUUCUGAUAGUUACUCUUUGCUUUGCAUCUGGUGAUAUUCGUUGCGCAACAUAAAGAGAAGGAAAGUUUUAAUGGCACAAACUAGCAGGAGAAGGCUGGAGAAGGUGGCGGCGGUGAGUGGGCGUUAAAGCAACAAAGAAAGAUACUUCGUAAUCAAAGAUAAGACAACAUAAACUAUUAAAUAUUAAAUAAAAAAUUAAAUCGGAAAAAGCCGAAUAGAGAACAGAGAGCAGAAGAGCAUAAGUAAAUAUCUAAACUAUAGGUAGUAAUUAAUUAACUAUUACAAUUACAAUUAACAGUUGCUUAUAAAGACACAAAGCAAAACAAAAACAAAAACAUAAUAACUAUGUAAUAAUAUUGAUAGCGUAUUUUUGUAUUCAAAAGCAUGCUUGCCACAGAGGCAACAAAAAUAAGAAAAUGUAAUUAAUUGAAAAAAAAAGCAAGAACACUAAGGUCUAUAACUCAGCGUUAAGCGUAAUUAAGGCGAAGAGGAGCUGCAAUCUGCAAAAAAAUACGAAAACUCCCAAUUUGAAAGCUCAACUAUGCGUGGAGCUUAAAUUUUACUCC